AUGGUGCAUAAAACUCGCUCAUCUCGUAAAUCCUGCCCCGUCAUGGAUGUCAGCCCACUACGCAACACUUUGCCCAUCGCGGCAAACAAAUAUGAACUAUCAUCCAGCCCUCGUAUUGGUUACGCCUUGGAAGUUCCCACACGUCCAGUGGGUUCUUCGGCUAACUCUUCGAAUGCUUGGUAUUUCAAUGAUAUGGUCAAAAAUAAUCGUCAACAAUUCAAUAGUCUACAUUUCUGUUAA